AUGCUGCUUGUGACAGCGCUAAUCAGUGCUAACGGUGGUGCAGAUGAUAACCGUGGUCAACGUAAUGAUCAUGGAAACAAUCAAUGUGGUGAUCUUGGAGGUGUCACCUUUCAAAUUAGACUAGACUAUAGCACUUUUUCAGCCUACGAAGUAGUGCAACUUCAUGGAGACGGCACAACUACUUCAAUUGACAAUACAGAAAAUGGUUUUAGUCCACAAGCCGGAGUUGAGGCUCAACCGUAUAGUGCUCAACUUGGAGAAUGGAAAUGUCUUGGAAGAAAUAGAGUUGAAAUUCGCACUGCUAAUUAUAAUUAUCAAGUUGCUGGCAGUUCUACUCCAAGUACAUUGGCCAUUAAUUAUGUCGUUUUGAAUUGGGCAAAAAAUUCAGAUUCUGCCCAAGGAACAUUCAGAUUUGCUUAUUUUGCACUCGGCAGUUUCCUCACUAAUACCAAAGCACAACCAUUGCCUGGCAAAUCAUUUGGACCAUACCCAGUCAUCGGUCGACGACUUUGUUUCUUUAAACUCUAA